UGUUUAUUUACAUAGCUACUGCGGCUCCUUGUAGCCUUUUUCAGGCGGACAAAUACGCCAGUCAGUGACGGGUUAUACAAGUGGACAUACUUUCGGAUCUCUUCUGCCAAACGCUCUUCUAUUUGGUCCAUAUUCAUUCUUCUAAAUCUCCCGUUGUUUCUGCCUGUAUUAUGGGGCAUGAAACCGGAAAUGCAGCUCCAGAAGGGAUGUAGAGCAGACCAAUGACAGCCUUGCGGUCUGAGUGAGCUUGCGGAGCUUUGCCGUAAAUUUUAGAAAAGUGGGUCGACGCCCGUCAGCACGUAAGAAGGGAUACAUAAGCACGUAAGGGACCCGGAAGGGCUCUUGCGCUUACGGGCCCGUGAAAACGCAGAAGCAUGUUUCAGGCUUUAAUUCAGCCUUUAUUCAGCCUUCACAAAGGGUCCUGCGACACAGCUGCGUGAAACGCCGCCGACGCAGUUGCUUCUGAAGAAACAACAGCGUUUCCGGAGGGGGAGGAAACUGGUCUGCUUGUUGCUGUGCCACAUCACACAACACAACACAUCGGUGAUAGCUGUGUAAACAGGGCCUGUGGCCAUGGCUAAAGACCCGUUGGCAGAGGCUGGCAUUUAUUUUGAUGAACUCAAUAAGCUCAGGGUACUGGAGCCUUAUGUAGGCCAGAAGACCUCAGAGCUGAAGGAGGAGUGUAAAGAAUUUGUGGACAAAAUUGGCCAGUUUCAGAAGAUAGUUGGUGGUCUGAUUGAACUGGUUGAUGAAUUGGCAAAAGAAGCAGAGACAGAAAAGAUGAAGGCGAUAGGAGCCAGAAACCUGCUGAAGUCAGUAGCAAAACAAAGGGAGGCUCAACAGCAGCAGCUUCAGGCUCUCAUUGCAGAAAAAAAGAUGCAACUUGAGAGGUAUCGUAUCGAGUAUGAAGCCUUGUCCAAGGUGGAGUCGGAGCAGAACGAGUUCAUCGACCAGUUUAUUCUGCAGAAGUGACGAUGAGACUGUGACCUUGUUCAGACCUGGUAUUACCAUUCGCCUUGGGUGAUCCAAUCACAAGUGGUCAGCGAUAGGUACUGGUCUUAACGCUGAGAUCUGAUCACUCAAACCACAUCAGAAGCGGUCUUGGACACACGCACAUUUCCAAAUUCCAAAUGCGUUCUCCUCUGCUGAUGUCGUCUCUCCCACUACAGUUUCAAAUCGACGCAAACAUAUUUAUACGCUUCUCAGUGUCACUACGAUUUGGUUCAGACUACCAUCACAAUAUUAACACUGACCACCACAUAAUGAGUGACUUUUUCUUAAAUUAGUAGUAAGUAUAAAUAAUAUCUUAAAUAAGUAUUUCUUCACAGCUGCACAAUAUUUUCUCUCUCACAUUCAGGGCGUAUUUUAAUACCAGGUGUGAGCACGGCCGGAGAGAGAUGAAGGUGUGUGACCCCAGUGCCUGUCCUUUUGUCAGGGUGAUACUGACCUCAGAGAACUACUCUGCUGCACCUCCCUUCUUCUGAGGCAACCCCUAAGCUCCACCUUUAUCCUAAAACACCAAUACCUUUUCUUACACCAUAUCUCUGCCUGUGUGGUUAAAUUAACUGUAAUGGUUCUUACCCUGGUCAACAGCUAAGGAUUUCCAGUGGUUUAAGCUUGAAUACAAUUAACAUUAAGCUUUUUUCAAACCAAAUAUCUCUACAUCUCAGACCAACAUUAAAGAUGAAGCCAUUUAUAUUAAGAACUCUUAUUUAUAAUAUUUAUACUGAAGAAUUACCCUAAAUAUUUAGUUGUAUUACUUUUUGUAUCAAUCCAAAUACUGCAUGUGCAUGAAAUUGUAAAUACACCAUUUUUUUAAACGGUGGAAAAACAUAAUUUGAUCAUCUGUGUUAUUUUCGUUUCUAUUUCAUUCUUCUGGUAGAACCAGUCUGUGGGUACAAAACAUGACGAAUAGAUCCUCCUCUUCGUUCUGCCAUGUGUAUUAUUGUCUUUUAUUCAUUAUAAGACUAAUGGAUAUACUUGAAUAAAUACUGUCAAUUGCACAAAAA